AUGGCGUUCACCACUUGGCCUUCAGAUGAUACUCACAGAGUGUCAGCAUAUGCCCUCUCUAGCCUUCCAUCAGGUCAGGUCUUGACUCAACAACUCGCUCCACAACAUCACAAUCCGCGACCCAGCAACCUCAUAGCCGAGAUUGAGACCUUCAUUGGCGAUGUCCAGAAGAUCCACGACGGACUCCUCCUGGGGUUACCGGCCCGAUCCGUCCUAUACCACCCCUGGCAGAACUUCGCGUUGGGCCUGUCCAAGGGGCUUGACGAGGUCGUCGUCCACGCUGGCCCCUGUAUCCACAACACCUUUGUCGACGAGUACGGAGUCGCGGGCAUCAUCCACGAGCUGCUAUACUUCGAGGCCGGGUGA